AUGCAGGCGGCCAAGGCGCUAGAAGAGAAGGCGCGAGAGAGCUUACCUGCGAGUUCAUACACAACUAAUCCUAUGCCACAGAAGUCGCCUGAGCGCUCCCUGAUCAAAGGCACAACACACAAGCGCAUGCAGUCGUUACAGCCUGGCAGCGUACGGGACCUCCGCAGCUACCUCGACACUCAUCGGUCACCCGAGCGAUCACCCGAGCGACCCAAGACGCGGAGCGGAUCACCAGCACGAGACUUGAACAAGGACUACUUCAGCAAAGAUGCCUUCAAAGACCCUUUCGCCAAGGAUCCUGAGCCAAGCUCAAGGAACGGCACACCAACACCGUCGGCACGUUUCGAGAUCAAGGACACCUCUGCGGUACGCCCGAGCCACCGAGCUCUCCUCGGAGAGAACACUCCACCAUCAGCCACGAUGAUGGCGUUGCAGACCAUGACGAUUCCCCCACACAUCCUCGACCCGCCACCGCUGCAGAAUGUCUCCAAUUCGUCCGCACGAUCUCCUGGUCCUGCAGUACAGCCAGUAGACUCCAUCUCCACGCAGUUAAUGAGCAUCAACUCAAUCGUUUCAAGUCUGCAAAAGGACAUGUCACAGUUGAGCCGCCGCAGCAAAGACAACGCGACCGAUCUUAUCAGCCUCAAAGAGGCCACAAACUCACGCGAUGAGGACAUCCGCAAGUCACUCAAGGAUCUUCUGCACACAAUGGCAGCGCAGAAGCAACAACAACAAUACCAAGCACCUCCAGCGGUCCCGGGAGAUGCUCCUCGGUCUAGUAGCUUGAACUUGCAGGACCCGCACAUGACACCGACUAAGCAGUUCACCUUCCCGCGGAUGCCAUCACCAAACGGCUGGGGCGAUGAGCGGAUAGGGAGCCCCAACCCAUACUCCGUAGAGGGUGCUGCCAGUGUCGCAAUGCUGGAGAAGAUCAUACGCGAGAUGGUCACAAAGGAUGGCCAGGAUCGCCUCAUCGCUAGUCUGCAGAAGCUUGUCGAUAAGGCCACUGGGGAGACGGCGAAGAAGGUCACUGAGCUUGCCGAGUUUGUGAAGCAAGGGUCGACUGCACAUCCCAUGGCCGCAGCUUUCCAACCUUCUCCAGGCUCCGGUGCUCUCACUCGAACGAUGACCGAUACCUACCCUGGCAGCCAAGCUUACACCAGCCCCAAAGCCGCUGACUUUGUCAGCGAUGAGAUGCUCAAGUUCUUGCGCAAGAUCAAGGAUAGCGUAGCAGAGUCUGGUUGUGUGACCAUGUCGACCAAGACAUUGGUUCAGGACUUGAGAGGAGAGGUCCUUGGUAUGGGUCGUGAGCUUGCUCGCAAAAUCGAAGAAGCUGAGGAACCGCGCUCUCCAGGAGCAGCACCAGGGUCAAGCCAGGACAUCAACGCCAUCGUCCAGGAAGGCCUCGCAAAUUUAAAGGAGCACAUGGAUAAGGUCAUGCGCGACCGCAGACGCCAAUCCAUGUCAUCUGUCGUCACCCGCAACACAGUUGACAGCAACGAGGUUUACGACGUCGUGAAGCACGCACUCGCAGAACGAGGUCUGGACCAGCACCAUCCACAAGGCAUUGCGCUAGACAAGGAGGCCAUCAUUGGCGCGGUCCGCGAGGCCUACGACAGCGUGGAGAUCAAGCCAAACGUCGAGAUUCAACAAUUCGGGUUGGAGCGCGACGAGAUCUUGCAGUGUUUGCGCGAAGGCCUCCAAGACUACAACGGCUCUGGUGGUGUGAAGAGGGAAGAUGUCGAAAGCAUCGUCCACGAGUCCCUGCAGCAAAUGAAGUUGCCGGCACCUAUCAACGAGGCCCACGAAAUCCGCGAGGAGAUCUUGACGACAGUUCGCGAAUGCUUGGAGGACAUCAAGCCAACCAUCCCCCAAAGAGAAUUGGAGAUCGAGCUCCCUGCUGAGCAGAUCAUCGAUGCGGUCAAAGCUGCUCUGGAAGAAAACAGGCCACAGGUUGAGGCGCAGAACAACGCAGUCCUGCAACGCCUCGAAGCCCUCGUCGAUAGUAUGCACUCAGAGUUCAAAGGCUACUCUUCUGCCGGCGGUCGCGACACGGAACAGGUACUUGAUGCCCUUCGAGAUGGCCUGGACAACCUUCGGGUGGAGAUUCAAAAGUCUGACGCUAGCUCCCGUGAUGUCUCCGACACAGAUCAUAUCGUAGACCACAUCAGCUUGGAACUUGAGAAGCUUCGGGAAGACGUUCAGGGCUAUGUUGCUGAAGGACCUCGGGGCGACCAAGCUUGGAACCGGGGCGACAUGGUGUCCUACAUCAAGUCGGAAUUCGAGAACCUUCACGAGAAGUUGACGUCUCAGUUCCUCCCGGCUUCCAAUAACAAGGACGAAUUACUCGCCGCCAUCAACGCAGGAUUUAAUGAGAUGAAGUCCCAGGUUGCUCUUAGGGGCGAGGACGACGAGUCUAGCGACGACAUCAACGAGGCCAUGAAGCACGAGUUCGAUCAGCUGAAGGAAGUGAUCCUCGGCGACUCAGCCAGUCACAAGAACGAUGUCUUGGAAAGCCUACAAGCCGGCUUGACUGGGCUGCACGCCCUUGUUGGAGAGAGCCAGUCUUCCACUGCUUCCAACGACGAGAUGAUCGCUUCGAUGAAGGAGGAGUUCGAGCACCUGCGCGAAACCCUCGGUGGAACUCUUGUCAGAUCGGGAGGUGCAACCGACAAGGACGACAUCGUCGACGCUGUUCGAGAGCUUAUCGAAGGCCUCAGGUCUUCGCAAGAGUCAGCUUCCCGGGAGAAUGUCGCGACAAUUGAGAGUCAACUUGAAGCCUUCAAAGAGUCCCUCAGUGGCGCUUUAGUGCCUGCUGGAGAUAACGACAAGGCUGCUCUCCUGGAGACUCUCAAGGCCGGUCUUGAGGAAAUUAAAUUGGGGGCCAAGUCUGGAGGCGUCAAUGAGGAACUCCUCGAAGCUCUCCGUGGAGAGCUAGAGCAGAUCCGUCAGUCUGAUGGUUUGACCCGUGAGCACUCUCGCGCCGACACGGAGGAGGUCUUGGAAGCUGUCCGCCUUGGCCUAGAUGACCUACGCUCGCACCUCGAGAAGCGUCUCAAUGGUCCUGACAACACCUCGGCGACUGGUGAGAUCAUUGAUGCAAUGAACGAAGGCCUUGAGGGUCUUCGUGCAGACGUCAACAAGUUCGCGGACAAGCCAGUUGACAUGACCGUGUCCUACGAGAUUCUGGACACCCUGAAGGAGGGCUUGGCUGGCUUGCGUGAGGAGAUCCAUCUUCUCAAGUCCGUGAGAGCCACGGCCGAUCUUGACGAACCAAUGCCUCCUGCCGGUAACGAAGUCGUCCUUGCAGAGGAUCCCGACCAGCUGCAGACAACAUCCCGCGAGAUCGUGGAAGAAGUCCCAAUGCAACAUGAGCCUCAUCACCAGCCGCAACACGACUUCGAGAGAAUGGAGCUCAUCCUCUCUCAGAUCCAAGGGAAGAUGGAAUCUAUGGAUGCAAACCUGCACGCGCAACAGACGACACCAGCCGCAGAGGCCGAUGCAGCUGCUCCAGUCGGAUCAGUCGUGAAGGAAGACUUGACAGCUAUUGAGGAGCUUCUCAAGGACGUUCAGGCUGCAGUGCUCCUGCUACAGGAUCGAGAAGAAUCACCACCUCUUCUUCCUGAUGGUAUCGCAAAGAAGGAAGACACAGACGCUAUUGAGACCCUUCUUGCCAACACCAAAGCCAAGAUUGAGGAGAUUGUCCUGCCUGAUCCUGAGACGAUGGUCACCAAGGAAAACCUCGAUGAUGUGGAACUAGUCGUACGAACCACAUCUGAGGCUUUGGAGGUUCUUGCCAAGAAGAUUGAAGACGAAGGAGCGACAAAGGCGGACGUCACUGUUGUUCAAGUCAUCGCCGACGAUAUCAAGACUGCGUUGGACGAGAUGCGCGCAGCAAAGCCAGACGACGAAGCUGAUCCCAAAGCCACAAAGGCUGACGUUGACGCUGUCACACUGUUGGUUGAUGAUGUCAAGGCCAAACUGGACGAGAUGAAGCUGCCUGACCCAGAGACUUUGCCGCUCAAGUUCGACAUCGAGCAGCUGACUGGUCUCAUUCACGACUUCAGAGACAGCCAUGACAAGAUGAAAGACACAUAUGAAGAGGACAUCAUCAAGACAGCCCAGAACUUCGAACAUCGCAAGAUGGAGGCCGACGCAAUCCAGGAGCACAUCACCGAAGUAAAAACUGCCUUGGACGACAUGAAGUUGGAGAUUACCGCCCAUCUAGUCGAAGGCAGCCCUCUGGAGACCCUCAAGGAAUCUUUCCGGACAAUGGAAGAAACGCUCGGAAGCAGCAAUGUCACUUCUGACGUGAAGGAGCUCAUGGAAACUGUGGCCCGCGAGUUCGAGCGUGCUCACGGAUCCAUCGAGUCGUUGCAGAACGAUCAGGCAGAGAAAUCCGCGCUUCAGCUCGAGAAGCACGACGAACUCAAGGAUACCAUCGUUACUGGCUUCACUGAGAAGUUGGACGACAAGUUCAACGUUCUAAUGGCUAAGUACGAUGAUGCUCAGCUUCUCGCAGACGAACAGGCUAGGGUCAUGAAGGAAAAGGCCGAGGAGCAGGAAAAGAUUCUUGAAAGCACCAAGACCAUGGCCGAUGAACUCCGCCUCACUAUCGACACCCUCGGCGCUACCAUCGCCGGAAUGAACGACCGAUUUGAGGGCGCUACCACUAAGUGGUCGGAUGACUCCACGAAUGUGUCGAUGAAGAUUGAUGAAACACUCAUCAAAUUCGAAGAGCAAAAGAGCAAGAUCGAAGAGGCGCUUGGUAAAUUUGAAGAGCAGAAGCUCGAAGACAAGACUGAACACUCUCACACACGCGAUGAGAUCAAGAAUGUCGAGACUGUGUUCACUAGCCUUCAAGAUAACGUCACCGAGUACCAUCCCAAGUUCAUGGUGGCACUCCAUGAGAUCGAAGCCCUCGUCAAAGCCCAUUACGACCACGCGCAGAAGUCAAAGGAGGAAGCCGACGAACGUGCUCGUGCAUGGGACGAGGAGACCAAGGCUCGUGGCGAGGAGCUUCAAACUCACUUCGCGAACCUACCGAAGCUUCUGCCAGCACCUACCCCAGAGAAGUACGACGAUGCUCCUGUUCAGGAGAAGCUGGACAAGAUCCUCGCUAUCGAGCCCUCAUCAGCUUAUGACGAUGGGGUCGUACAAGAAAAGCUUGACAAGCUCCUCACUCAUGCUGACGAGGCCGCAAAAGCCAGCGGUCAAUCUGAGCGACUCGAUGAGAUUCACGCACAAGUCAAGAUUACCGCCGCCGAGUUGAGCGACUUUGUGGCCAAGCAGACUCAGUUCAUCACCGACGGCAACGAGUCCAAGGAGCGCGAAGCCGAGGAGCUCGCUCUUCUUGUUGAGCGCAAGACGACCCAGAAGGAGCAGCUCGAGGCCGACUUGGAGAACCUCCGGACUGAGAAGGCUACAAUGAAAGAGCAGCUCGAUGCCGACAUCCAAGACCUUAAGGCUGAAAAGGAGCGCGUGAUGCAGGAGUUGCGAGAAGAGAAGGAACGCGUCAUGGCCGAGUUGAAGGAAGAGAAAGAGCGCACCAUGCUCGAGCUCAAAGAUGAGAAGGAUAAUCUCCUCGCUAUUGUCGCCACCUUGCAAGUUGAGCGUGAGAACCUUGCCAACCAGAAGGUUCGCCUCACUGGUGAGGUUUCUUCUCUUCACACUGCCCUGGACAUUCGACGCGAGGAGCUCAACUUUAUGGACGCGAAGGCGGAUGCAUUGGAGCGUCGUAUUCUCAAUGGCAUCAUGGAUCAUUCUCGCGCUUUGAUGAUGGUCAAGGGCAGCUCCAAGAGCCCCAGCAAGCACAAGAAGCGCAUGGGAACCGAUGCUGUCAACGAGGAGGGCAAGCUGAUGCCUCCACCCAGCGCAGCCGCCAACGGCCUUUCUCUCGCUCUGAAGCCUCGUCCUGCCAUUCGUCGCAACGGCCAACCCGCCAACCCAGCACAGCGUCGCAUUCUCUCAUUGAGCCAGAUUAGUGGGAAUGCACCAGCUCCUGGACACCAAUCCUUCCCGACCACCAACACUGCAACCAACUCUGGUGGCGGUAUCAAACGUAGCCACUCUGUGAAGAACAGUAGCUACGGCAUGCGCAAGGGUUCCUGGGGCGGCCGUCCCAGCAUGGCAGUUGCCAACAAGGAGAACGGAACACUGAAUGAAGAGGAUGAGAUCGAGACGGAGAAGCUUGCGCCAAUUGCGUCGCUUGCUCCGUCAAUCAUCGAAGAAGACCAGCAGAGCGAGACCGGUACUGAGCGCCGUUAUAGUAUUGACAGCCGCUCAUACGCCGAGAGCUACGCAGAGGGCGAGACGCCUGGUGACGACCGCCGCUCGAGCUUCGGCGGUACCGGUAGCCAGUACUCCUACGAUUCCCGCUCGUCUUACAUGACUGGCAGCGACAUUGAUCGCCGCACUUCGUACGCCUCCUCCACUCCGCGUGGCGAGGGAGCUGAUGAGCACUCGGAGGAUGAGGCGUCUGAGGCUGAAGGCGGCGCAGACAACGAGGAUGACGAGCCGACUGCCACUCUCGACUUGAACCCCUCCGAGAUGUCCACUGCAACUGCAGACACCGACGUGCAGCUCCCUACGCACUCGGAAAUUGGACGUGCGAUCGAGGAGGUUAAGAAAGAGAUGAAGGACGAGUACGCAGCACCGAGUGACUCGGGUGUUGGUACAGAUUUGCCCACGGCGGCGUUUGGAAACGACAGCGAAGUCGAUGCGGAUUACUUCCGUCGCGCGGCUGAAGAAGAAGCAAGCACAGUUGGAUAG